AUCCUGUGAAAUACUUCUUUUUAAGCCACUAAAACAACAGAAAUCAUGAGCAGUAUUGUAGCCAGAAAAGAUAAUGAUCCAUAUUGUGGAAACGGGAUGAAACUGACCAGUGAGAAGUUGCCCAAAAACCCUUUCUCUGUAUCUCAGUAUGCUGCUAAACAACAAAAAUUCUUCCAAUGGAAGAAGGAAAAGCCUGAUUAUUACCGCCAUGCUAAUUUGGUGGAUACAGCACUGCAGUUCCUGAAAGAAAGGAUAAGAAAAGGGGAUGGUAUGGCAUAUUUUCUAAGAGGCCAACUCUAUUUUGAAGAGGGCUGGUACGAAGAAGCCUUAGCACAAUUUGAAGAAAUCCAGGAGAAAGACCAUCAGGCAAUUUAUCAGCUAGGAGUGAUGUAUUAUGAUGGGUUGGGGACCAUCGCAGAUGCUGAAAAAGGAGUGGGCUAUAUGAAGAAAAUCCUUGAUUCUUCAUGCCCCCACACAAUGCACUUGAAAUUUGCUGCUGCUUACAACCUCGGAAGAGCUUAUUUUGAAGGAAAAGGCGUGAAGCAAUCCGACGAGGAAGCGGAGAGACUGUGGCUUUACGCUGCUGACAAUGGGAACCCAAAAGCUAGUGUGAAGGCACAGAGUAUCCUAGGAUUGUUUUAUUCAAUGAAAGAGCCCAAAGACUUGGAAAAGGCAUUUUUCUGGCAUUCGGAAGCUUGUGGCAAUGGAAAUCUGGAGUCCCAGGGUGCACUUGGUCUCAUGUACUUUUACGGACAGGGAAUCCGCCAAGACACUGACGCCGCCCUGCACUGCUUACGGGAAGCAGCUGAACGAGGGAAUGUCUAUGCCCAGGGGAUUCUUGUGGAGUACUACUACAAGAUGAAGUUCUUUACCAAGUGUGUUUCGUUUUCCAAAAGGAUAGCAGACUAUGAUGAGGUUCACGACAUCCCCAUGAUAGCCCAUGUCACAGACUGUCUCCCAGAGUUUAUCAGCAAAGGCAUGGCCAUGGCGUCUUUCUACUAUGCGCGGUGUCUCCAGCUUGGCUUGGGCAUUACAAAAGACGAAGCAUCUGCCAAGCACUAUUAUUCUAAAGCUUGCCGUCUGAACCCUACACUGGCAGAUGAACUUCACUCCUUACUUAUUCACCAGAGAAUUUAGACCACAAAGCAUUUC